CUCCCACUAUCCAAACUCACUCAAGACUGCAGUGUUGAGUCUCUACCCUUCUCUAAUUCUCACUACUUUUUCUAACUGAAAGAGAGAGAAAACAAGAAAGAGAGAUGGCCAUGAAUGUAGAGAGAAUGGAAGGAGGAGUCUCAACAUCACCACCAAAGGACACCCAAAAACGGACCAUAAACUGGUGGAUGAUAGCCAUUAACUGCACCUUCACAGCGGUGGGGACCAUCUGCGGCCCACUCCUCAUGCGGCUAUACUAUCUCCAUGGCGGGAGUAGGAAAUGGCUAACCAGCUGGUUGCAGACAGCCGGUUUCCCUAUCGUUCUCCUUCCACUCUCCAUUCUCUACAUACGCCAACGGGCUAGUGGGAUGCCAUUCUUCGCUGAACCCAAGCUAUUGAUGUCGAGUGCCGUGAUCGGCCUCCUCAUCGGUCUCGAUAACUUCUUGUAUUCUCUGGGGUUAUCUUUCCUCCCCGUCUCCACCUCUUCUCUCCUCUUUGCCACUCAGCUUGCUUUCACCGCUUUCUUCGCUCUCAUCAUUGUAAGGCAGAAAUUCAGCCCGUAUUCGGUCAAUGCCGUGGUGUUGAUGACGCUUGGUUCGGUACUGCUCGGGAUCCGAAAGAGCGGCGACCGCCCUCCAGAAGUGUCGAAUGGGGAGUAUUUGCUCGGUUUCAUUAUGACUAUUGGUGCAGCUGCUUUGCUGGGAUUCAUACUGCCAUGCACGGAGCUCGCCUACGCCAAGGCUAGAAAAGCAAUCACUUAUCCAGUGGUGUUGCAGUUUCAGUUCAACACGACCAUGUUCGCCACCAUUUUCUGCACCAUUGGGAUGAUUAUUAACAAGGAUUUUCCGGCGAUUGCUAGGGAGGCAGCUGCAUAUGAGCUUGGGGAGGCAAAGUACUACCUGGUGCUGGUUGGUGUUUCAGUAGCGUUUCAGAUGGUAUUCGUGGGAACUCUCGGUAUCAUCUUCUGCACUUCAUCUCUCUUCGCUGGCGUUCUCAGCGCCACUCUCCUUCCUGUAACGGAGAUAGCAGCAGUCAUUGUCUUCAAAGAGAAGUUCACUGGAGAGAAGGGAAUGGCCCUGGCUCUCUGCCUUUGGGGCUUCACCUCUUACUUCUACGGUUCCUACAGGUUGAACAAGACGCAGGCACCUGAAGAAGAAGAAGAAGAAUCCAAAUAGCCCAAAAAAUCAAACACAACCAAAUCCGAAUUCUAAUGUUUCUGAAUCAAGAUGUGUGUGCAUGUUCUUAGUUAGUUCAUAGACGUUCUGUAACUGUACGUGGAUGCCCCUUCUUGAUUUCUAUGGUUUCUCUCUUUUCCUUUUUUUAUUUUUAUUUUUUAUUUUUUUGUAUUUUUUUCUUCUCCCAUGAUGAAAGAGAAAUGUUAACUAUGAUAUUGAGAUGCUUUUAUCAAAAUUUCAUACCGCUUCCUUCCUUGGCUAUAAGAAGAUCAUCCAAGCAAUGUGGUUUUAGAGAUAGACCCACGAUUUGUACGGUUCAGAUUACGCAGGAUGUAUGUAUCUAUCCGUUACGGAAGUCAGAUCUUUGGUCCAUUCUCCAGCAGCUUUUUGGGAGUUUUAUGAUACUCAGGCAGCGUAUGACACUUGAUGCGCAGCAUACAUUACCUCAAAUUAAACCAAGUAAAUUGUGGACCCCACUGUUGCUCCCAAAAUAAGAUUGAAUGAACAAUCCUAACCUGUGAUUCGUGGA